UUACAGGUUGAAUGAAGUUUCUGAUGUACCUGGGGCCAACAAAGUUAUAAGUUUCCAGUCUCAGUUCAGAUACAGAGGAGAGACAGACUCUAAUGUUGGCAGUGGUAGGACGGCAAAGCAGGCUCUGCAGGACAACAACACCAUGCAGCAAGCCGAGCCGUACGUCGAGCGAGCUCCAAGCAAGCGCUACGACAGGAGAGGGGGAGAUGAUGCUAACGGUGAUGUGUACAAAGUAGGGAACCCUGCAGAUGUCACCAUGCCAAUGUCACCUGAUGGGGUAACCAUGGUGAUAGCCCCGGAACCUGUAUCAAGUGGGAAGCAGUACGCCAACGGCACGGCUCCGGGGUCCGCUGUGAGUGCCAGAUCCCUGCCCUGGGAACAGAGGGACGAAACUCAAGGGGGGCUGUUCACCUCUGGAGGCUCCCCUCGCUCCACGAGAAGUGUGGCGUCCAGCAAGAAGUUCCCGCGCUACCCAAAGAGUGGCAGCGACAGUGAGGGACCACACAGAAGAAGACAUCACAGGGCCCGCAGCAGUGGCAUGUCAUCAGGCGACGACACUGACGCUCCAAGGAGAAGAAGACGGUCGCGAGGGCGCAGCGGCCAGAGUAGCGGCAGCGAAUCAGAGGCGAACAGGAGACAUCGGAAACACAGAUCACGGUACCCCUCGCAGGAGAUGAUUGACACCAGCGCUCAGUGGGAGGAGAUCAGGAAACAGCAGGGCGGACAAGAAGUUCCCGCAGGACAGGGGGUACAAGCUGCUGUUGUAAAGGACCUGAAGAAAAGACAUGAGUCCCCACACCGCAGGAAACACAGGUCCAGAUCACGAUCUCCUGACAAGAGGAGAGAAGAGCUCUGGAAGCACAUACAAAAAGACCCGGUAGAGACUUCAGGCAUGACAGAAGACCAGUUGAAGGACAUCACUUACAAGGAAGUUGACCUCCCGAAGAUGAAGCAGUCUCCGGGGUACCGCCGUCGCCGCCCGCGCUCGAUUGGCCGAUCGGACCAGGAGACCCCGCAGCAGAGCGAUGUAGAGCUGAAGAUGGUUCCUGCGCUCCCGAUCACCCACGGUUACCAGAGCGGGAACGAGUCCGUCCGCUCCAACCCGUCCUUCCCUCCGCAAGACGACCAACCGCCGCCGCCGUACACUCCGGCGCAGCACGGCACGCAGCGGAAAAACCCGGAAGGCCGAAGAACGGCGAACAACGAGCAACGCCCGAUCUCGCUUCCCACGGAGGUGUUGUUAAAGAUGCAACAGACAGGCUAUCCGGGGCUGUCGGAUCAUCUGGUGAACGGAGAGGACAUCAGCAAGUCUUCCACUGUGUUUGAGGCAGACUCGAGAGGAGAUGGACCACCUGCCAUGCGUGGCAUGAGCAAGUCUUCCACGGUGUAUGAUGGUGAGUCCAGAAGGGACAGCCCCACCUCCAUGGGUGGUCCGGAGGAGGGGAGGAGGAGACAGGGGGAUGCCAGGAUGGGAGCCAAUCAGCAGCUAGACAGGAGACAGCCUCCCGAGGGGAGGUACCAGAAUGGUGCGCCCCAUCACACCCAGUCCAAUCAGGACCUCCGACCUCCGUUUAAGGAGAUAGGAAACAGCAGGAUGGACCCAGGGCUACAUGAAGUCAGGAGAACACCCCCAACAGUGGACCGGUCCGACCGAUCAGCCUUCCAGACCCCUCCACCAUCAAUGAAUCUCCCCAACUCAAACGGCUCUGCGAGACCGAUGAACGGACGCCAGUAUCCGCACGCGGGGCAGGAACCUCGCCCUCCGUACCCAAACAGCCACGGAGCGACUCCGCCCUACCAACCCCCUCCUACCUCCACCAACCACCAGCCAUCGCGGCUGCAGCAAAACCUCUACAAGAACAGCAGCCGCAACGGCGCAGCCCCGUACGGAAGCAGGCCUUCCGCUCACAGCGUGCCGCGGGGGGAGGGGGUGUACGCGCCGCAGCCAUUCCGCGCCGUCCGCGACAGCCCGGAGGAACUGGAGCGACAGAUUAGGAUGAUGAUGCAGGCGCCGAACAGACACCACGAGUUAGCAACAGAGUUAUAGCACGUGUUGAAGCAGUUAGGGACUUUAGUUGCCUUUAGGGACAAUUCCUAUAGGCAACUAGAAUCAGAGAGACAAAGUACUGUAAACAUUGAAAUAUUUCCCGUGAUUCUAUCUUCGCAGUGUCCUCUCCUUUACAAAUUCACGAAACUGCAAACAUGCAUAUCCAAUGUAUUUCUACAAUCACAGUACUACAGAAUUGUUUCAACUGCGAAUAUAAACAAUGCAAAAAAUCCCUUCCCCCAACUGCAAACUUGAGUCCCUCAGGGACUUAGGAAUGUAGAGUAGCUAGUUCAGAGUUCUCUUAGCUCUCUUCAUCUUUGGUCUGUCAUCACGACAAAUAUUUACUUACAUGUGUACAUUGUGAGAUAAUCUGAUCUAGUUUUGAUACUUUCAUAUUAGAUUUUCUAAUCAAAUUUUCUGUGUCAGCACAUCAAAAUGGCCCUUGUGGCCAACUGAUGGUGGGAUAUUAAUCUACAAUGUACUCUGGAUGAUAGAUAGAAUAGGAAAUUUUACCAUUUUUCUACAGAAAUUAACCAUGUCAAUUGAAGUACAUAUGUUGCUGAAACCCUAUUUGGCAAAAUGCACUAGCUUAGUGAUCCAUAUGACACAGCUACCUUGUGUAAUUUACAGUAUGGCCGCACAGACAACAAUUAAUUGAUAUGAACAGAUGUCAUCCAUACAACAUGACCUAAUCAUGAGAAGACAAGUCUAGUUAGUGGUAGUUUAGGACCUGUGAGCUCAUGGUGUCUGCUCGGUGCCCACAUUCCCAUUCUGACCCGUCCAGUCAAAUUAUGUCUCUCAGACUACACCUGCCCAGUACUGUUCUCAUCUCGUGUGAAUGGGUUCCUUCAUAACUGUACAUUAAAUCCUCUGCUAUGCUAUGGUCACAAUUGGAAAAGGGGGCCUUUCAAGGUAGUUCACAGGCUUUUCACUUUUGGGCCCACUACAUAGCCAUGUGGGACACCACGUGGCUACUGGGCUAUUUUUGGGCACGGAAGGGCCCUGGAACUUUUUAACUCUUUGUCAAAAUCAACCUGGGCCCCGGUUACAAAUAAACACAGUGACCUAAUACAUGUAGUAACAUUGCUGAGGGAUACUCUCUGAUAUCAGGCAGUCCACCAGGACAAACUUGUAACUUCAGAUCCCAGCAAAGGGUUCCUUGCCUAGGGACGCCAAUUCAAAAUGUAACAGUAGCAUUGCAGAAAUGGACAAAUACGACCAAACGCUUUAUAUGACAAUGCUCGUUUUUUUGGGGUAUGCUUCAAUUUUAUGUUAAUGAACAAUGGUGUCCCUUGACAUCCGAGAAGAGAAAUUGUGAAGCAUUUGAAUGUUCGGAAAUAUUGACACAGUACGUUUUUUAAGGGAAGAAAUGGUUUAAGUUUCUUUGACCUUGAAAACUACUAACCUUAACGUCUUGCAUAUUAAUCACACUAACGUAACUUUAUAUUUGCUUCAUAUUCCAUCUCACACUUUUUUACACUGAUCUCAGCCAGUAUUGAAGCUGAUGAUUUGUGAAAUGCUCUACAAUGUCUACAAUGAAAGGCCAACAACUUAUGAUGAAAUUAUCAUAGACCUCACUAGGGAUUGCGUAUAAGAAUAUAAUUACUUCAUAUUCCAUCCUUGGACAUUUUUUACAUUGAUCUCUACAAAAUUUAAUAUUGAAGUUGAUAAUUGUGAAAUUAAUACUCUACAUACACGUUGACAAUGAAAGGCCAGAAAGUCAUUGUAAGGCUCUUGCAUUUAUUCUUACUAGGGAUUGUGUAUAUUAUGGCUUGUAAUUUAAUAUGAUAAUGAGACAAUAGCUUAAUAGUAAUAGGAAAACUGUUACAUUCCAACUGAACAAUUAGUUUUGUGGUGAAGUUUAGAGGAUUUUCAAUAACAAAGACUAUGCAAGAUGGUCUCAGCAAUAAGUCCCCAAUAUUCUCUUUUAUAUUAAAAAGUAUUUUUAAUGAUUGUACUUUGAAAUCCAGAAAAAUGUUUUGCACUGACUCUAACAAUACUUUUCUCCCAUGACAUGUACAUUUUUUGAUAAUGAAUACUAUAAUCUGGAAACACUGUAACUAAUAAUAGUUUUGCUUCUUGAACCAAUGUUAUAACUAGAAGAAUAUUCAAUAUUUUGAUGCUUUUGACAAAUUUGAAGUUGUCAGUAAAUUAUUAAAGAAUAGAUAGGAAUUUUAUGGAAUUUGUCCUGUAGGAUUUACAAAAUGUAGAUUUGAUCAAUCGGUACUAUUUGUAUAUAGUCAGCUCUUUUUUGAGGGGUGAGUUUUUAUAUGUAUAUUAUCCUUUGUUAGUAAUAGAGAAUGUCUAAUAUGCAAA